AUGCCUAUACCGAACCCUUCGUCGCGUGAAGACUUCAAGAUAGGUAUUAUUUGUGCACUAAAACUUGAGGCUAGGGCCGUAUUGCCGCUCUUUGACGCUACAUACGAUGAAAACCUCGAUGAAUACCGAAAGUUAGAUGAAGACGAGAACGCGUACGUGCUUGGCAGCAUUGGAAAAUAUCAUGUGGCACUUGUGGUAUUGCCUGGAGAGGGUAAAGCCCAUGCCUCCUUUGCGGCGAGCACUGCAAAGAGAAGCUAUCCAUGUCUAGAACUGGCUUUGGUAGUGGGCAUAUGUGGUGGUGUACCAUAUGUGACAGACCCAAUGUCUCCUCGACGAGACAUUUUUCUGGGAGAUGUGAUUGUCAGCAAUGGCGUAGUCCAACAUGAUCUGGGGCGCCGUCAUGAUAGCGAAUUUGUUCGUAAAAGCACCGUGCACGCCAAUCUGGGAAGGCCCAGUCGGAGAAUACUUGCCUUUGUGAACAAGUUAGAUCUUGUCUAUGAGCAGUUGACAGAGCGACUUGCCUCCUAUCUGGUGAAGGUUCAGGGAAAGUUCCCAAGCGUAUACCCAGGCGUCGAGAAGGAUCAACUUUUUAGCCCUGACUACCCACACAACCCAGUCAAUUGCAAAUGCGAUGAAAGUACUUGCCAAGAUAAUACCAUUGUCGCUCGCCGUCGAGGACUAAGUCGACAUUGUCAGACAACAUCUGUGCACUUUGGCCUUGUCGCAUCCGGGGAUACCAUCAUGAAGUCUGCCAAACACCGUGACCAAAUUUCAAAAAAUGAAGAUAUCAUUGCGUUCGAAAUGGAGAGUGCAGGUGUCUGGGAUAACCUGCCGUGCAUUGUAGUAAAGGGUGUGAGUGACUAUUCGGAUAGUCACAAAAACAAGGAUUGGCAGUUCUUUGCGGCGGCAAGUGCAGCAGCAUGUGCGCGCGCUAUUCUGGAUGAGAUUCCGGUUUCUUUGCCAAAACCUCCAGCUGAACCUUCCAACAAUCAUAAUCGAGCAGUGACGUUAUCAUCCAGAAAGAGAGCAGCUGCAGACAUAAGCGAAGCGGGUUUUGGCGAAAUAGAAAUGGACGACGAUUUUUAUCUAGAUUCAUUGACGUUUCCACAAGCUCAAUUUCGCCUUGAAGAAAUCAGUACAGCCCAUAAGAAGACUUGUCAGUGGAUAGUCGGACAGCCGCAGUACCUGAAUUGGAUGAGUGAAGAGCCUUUAGCAAGCCACGGAGGCUUUUUCUGGAUCAAAGGAAAGCCCGGUGCAGGAAAGUCGACUAUGAUGAAGUACUUACUACUAAGGGCAAAGGAGACGCUCCAUGGUACCGUGAUUCUAUCCUUCUUCUUUCACGCCCAGGGCAUCAUCUUGGAAAGAUCAGUGAUGGGGAUGUACCGAUCGCUAUUACACCAGCUUUUGUGCUCAAAGGAAAUCUCAUCAGAUGCUAGAAAGCCAUUUUUUAACUUGGCAAAGGGUCUUAAGCUUCAGGAUGGCGGCAUUUCCUGGACGAAAAGAGAUGUGAGGAAUCUACUGUCUCUGACAAUCAAGUCUUUACAAGGACAUCAUAUACUGAUUCUGAUUGACGCCGUCGAUGAAUGCAACCAGGACGAAGUCAAAGACAUGAUUGCAUUCUUCCGAGAGCUGCAAGUCGACAUUAUCCUAGCAUCAAACAAAGGAAUUGAGUUUAUCAUUGAAAAUCAGCAAGAGCACCAAGCAGAUUUGGAAAGAUACGUCAGAACAGAGCUUAAGGGCGGUCAAUCUGAGCCUGUUCAAAAGAUCAGGGACAAGAUUUGCGAAAGAGCAUCGGGCGUGUUCCUGUGGGUCGUGCUUGUUGUUCGCUCAUUAAAUGAGGCUUUUGAUAGAGGCAAAAUCAGCGGCUUGCAGAAAAGGCUGGAUGAAAUACCGGAUGGACUUGAUGAUCUUUUCACUGACAUUCUGACACGCGAUCAAAAAGACAAGGAUGCUCUCAUUUUCAGUCUUCAGCUCAUCCUAUUUUGUCGUCGAAGCCUUGGAAGAGAAGAGAUUUAUUUUGCAGUCUUAUUUGCGACAACAGGGACAAUUGAAGCGGAUAUUGAUUGGGCUCUGCAUUCAACCACAGCCAUGGACAGACUGAUACUUCAUGUUACCAAAGGUCUUGCUGAAAGUUCUAAAGUAGGGAGUACGAAAGCCAAGCCUUAUCGAGUGCGUUUCAUCCAUGAGUCUGUCCGAGAUUUCUUACUUCAGAGGAAUGGCUUUAGUAGAAUUCAGUCUGAGAAAACUGACCCGGCGAACUUUAUUGGAGAGUCUCAUAACCGUCUGAAACAGGUUUGUUUUAGUUAUAUCUCUCUAUUCCGUGACGGCCCAUUGGGUCAGAAAAUCGCAAAAAUGGGAGAUUUGCCUGGACGCUUAAGAACAGACGAAACUAUACAAUCUUUUCCUUUCCUUGACUACGCUAUCCGGAAUGUCCUUGGGCACAGCAACUUGGCCCAGGCAGGUGGCGUCUCCCAAGAAGAAUUUCUACAAGCAUACUCUAGAGGGCUUUCUGAUUUCAAAUGCAUCCAUAAUGCUAUUGAGAAGUUCGCAACACGUCACCACAAAGGUGACUGGUCACUUCUUUAUAUCCUGGUCAGCAGCGACCUCCAUGAUCUUAUACCCUUGGAAAUGCUCGCUGGAUCGCAUUCUUGGGAUUUGUGUGGCCAAUAUCUUUGCCCUAUGGGCGCUGCGUUUCGCAAAGGGAGUAUGGCUUCUGUUCGAGUUCUUCUGGGGAUGCAGAUUGAUAGGGCAACCUGCAAUCUUAAUCCCCAAAUCGAACCAGAGCUAAUCGCUCGCAUGAACCAAUUCUUUACUGAACUUGGUCAGCAGACAAGAAAGUCUCGAUCAACAGUCAACAAUACGCAGCUUGUGCUGAAUUUUGCUUUUGAUGGUGGCCGUGUGGACAUAUUGAGACUUUACACAAAUGUCAUUAAUUUCAACCAUUUUCUCAAUAAUAGAAGAGGAACUCCGCUAUGUUGGUCAAUCUAUACUUCCAAGCCUGAUUUGGUGGAGUUUCUUGUGACUGAAGCAAAGGUCAAUGUGGAAGCCGGAAUGCGAAGAGCUGACAGUAAAAGCCGACCACUGCUCAGGGCAGCUUUCAGGACGUUCGAUGACAAUUUCAUCUAUCGCAGGGCGGAGCCAUACUGGAAAGUGGUCGACAGACGCAUUUUGGAUAUCUUGCUGCGGCAAGAGUCACUGGAUCCGAAGUGUCAAGAUGAAGACGGCCAAAAUGCUGUUCAUUGGGCAACCCUGGCAAGGGAUAAAUUUUCGGUGAAUCGUCUAAUCAGCCACGGAUUCGACUACGAACAUUGUGACUCGAGUGGACGGGACCCGCUGUCCUAUGCUACUAAGAAUGGUCAUGCUGAUAUUGUGAAGACUCUGCUUGAGAUGGAGAAAAUUGAAGUUAACAGACGUGAUCGAUCAGGAAGAACCCCGGCCUCGUGGGCUGUGACUGGUAGUUGGAACGAAGAAAGAAAAGCCACGAUAGAAGCAUUAUUUAACACCGAAAGAGUCGACUUCAACGCCAAAGAUGAAGACCUAAAGUCCCCCUUGGCUUGUAUGCUUUCAAUGCGUGGUGAUCCUGCUGCCACUGAAUUUCUGCUCAGCCUGGAUACAGUAGAUGUCAACAGCAGAGACCUAUAUGGGCGAACCCCCCUGAUAUUGGGAGUUAUGAGGAAGUGUGUUGACCAAGUCCAGUCUCUUCUACGAAAUGAUCGUGUGGAUAUUGAUGCUCAAGAUGUCGACGGACGAACUGCUCUAUCUUGGGCCAUUGGUCCGCUGAAUUUUCCCUGCAGUAUGAAAAGUAGCAUUAGCGCAUCCGCCAGGGAUUUUCAGGAUGGUGAUGAUAUUAUUAAAACCUUGCUGCGGUCGCGAACACCUAACACUGAACUGACAGACAAAUGGGGCCAUACGCCAGCAUGGUGGGCCCAAGCUUAUGAUAUCGUUCUUGCUGAGCUACGAAAAAAAAUUGUAGUGCCGCCGAGGACGAAAUCUUCCCUCGAAUUGCUCCUAGAAUAUUGUGCUUCUAGACGUGCUGCUUUAAUCCCUUCUGACUUAAAAACUAUCAAAUCCGAAAUGCAACGGUUUCUGGACGGAGAAUAUAUCAUGAAGAGUCCAUGUGUGUGGAAUUUCAGUCUCUGCGAUGUGAAAUUUGGGGCAGAUUGGAUGCUCGAAGGAACAGCGAUUAGAACAGGUAUUAUCCCGAAGAUAUAUUGA